CGCGGCUGUUCUGUCGAACAGGCAUACAGCAAUGGCCGGAACUUCUGGCAGCGGUUCGGUGGCAGAGUCGCUGCUGCCUGAAAGCAAUACAUGUUGUGGUGGCCUGAAACGUGAUUUUAGAAAAUGGAUUCAAUGGAGGAAUCCCAGUGGAAGCAUAGGGAACCGCUUGCCGUGGCAAUUCCUAUGCUCUGUGCUCUUGAUUCUUGAGAUGAUCCCCUACUUCAUUUGUGUCAAGCACUCUUGGGUGCUCUGCGUUAUGGGCGGUUUUUUUGUCAUCAAGGCAAUGGUUGAAGUCUGGGGGCAACAGACACCAACUUGGAUCGUUCCAGGGACUUGCUGCAUGCUAGUUGUGGUGUACACCCUCAUCAUCCCAACCGUUGCCUAUAUGUACGGCUACUGCACCAUGGCAUCCGACAUCCACUUCCAGGGCCGCGACAUGGUGGCCCUGGUCCUCUACUUUGGUGGCUCCCUCUUCUCGUUGGCAUAUGAGGUGGGUCGAUUCCGCUGGAAGGCCCAAGCGGAAAAUAAGGGCGGGCUCCAUACAGUAGGACUGGCAGCUUGGUGCAUUCAUCCCAACUAUUUGGGCGAUCUCUUCACCUACACUGGCUGGGCUUUAGCUUGUGGUACCACUUGCGCUGUCAGCAUACCCAUCCUUAUGAUUUGGACCUUUGUCCUCUUUGUGGUGCCGAAUUCGGAUUUCUACUUGGCAGAGCGGUACCCGGUGGAGUUUCCAGCUUAUGCUCAGAAGACGGCCACUCUGAUUCCUGGGCUUCGUUCGAAGGUGCUUAGUCAGAUCCUGGCAUGGACUUGCUUGAUGACUUCGGUCUACUUAUUUUGUUAUGCUUGUCCCGGACCAUGUGGAUACUAGACUUUAGGCGCCCUUGGCCAAAGUUGCCAACUUUUAGGUCUUAGGUGAAUUGAAGUUGACGGUGAUGAAA